AUGGGGCCUGUAACUCAAGGUGAUGUUUCGCGAGAAUCUUCAGGGAACACUAAGGAUAUCAUGAGGAAGAAUCAACAGUUAACUUUGAAUUUUUCGCUGAAACACUUCCAAUUGGAACAAGCCAAGAAAGUACAGAGCAGUAUAGCAGUAAGGGACAAGUCCUUAACCAGACAGUCUGGCGGUCCUGUGAAACGGAAAAAUGACAGCCCUGUCAAGCAUGGGAAAGUUCUUUUUGGUUCAAAUAAUGCUAUGAUAUCAAAUAAUACUUGCAAAAGACGUAGUACCUUUAUACCCGUUAAUUUGCCUGUAACAACUGCUUUCCAUAAUUUAUGUGAAGCUGAUUUGAGAAAGUUAUAUGGGACUACAAUUAAGAAGAAGAGACAGUAUAAUUUGAACUAUGAUGAACAUUGUGCCUUAAAGAAACUGCAAUUUGACAAUACUAUUGUAAUGAAACAAGCUGACAAGGGAGAUGCCACUAACUGUGUGAAAUGCCCUGACGAUCUCUGGGCAGAUGAUAAAAGGCAGAAGUGCGUUCCUAAGAUCAAAGAAUUCCUCACAUUUGCUGACCCAUUGGGUGCAUCACUAACUGGAAUAUCAGUGUCUGCAUCUGUCAUUACUGUAACUGUACUUUGUAUCUUUAUCAAGUUCCGGAACACUCCAGUAGUGAAAGCCAACAACCGUGAGCUCAGCUACAUCCUUCUGAGUGCUCUUGUUUUGUGUUUUAUCUGCUCACUGAUAUUUAUUGGUAAGCCCACCAAAAUAAGUUGCAUUCUCCAUCAAACUACUUUUGGCAUUGUGUUUUCCAUCUGCAUUUCCUCUGUCUUGGCCAAAACAGUCCUUGUUGUCAUUGCCUUUAAUGCUACAAACCCAUCCAGUAAGACGCGCACAUGGGGAGGCCUUAACUGGAUUCCUAUUUCUAUCUUUGUGUUUAGUUCUCUACUGCAGAUUAUUAUAUGUACAGUUUGGCUGUUCAUUGCUGCUCCCUUUCCAGAGAACAACAUGAAAUCCGAAACUGGGAAAAUUAUAAUAGAAUGCAAUGAAGGUUCUGCUGUUAUGUUCUACGGCAUGCUGGGAUAUUUGGGAUUACUGGCUGGUAUUUGCUUUGUAGUUGCAUUCUUGGCAAGAAAUUUGCCUGAUGGGUUUAAUGAGACUAAAUACAUUACUUUAAGCAUGCUUGCAUUUAUAAGUGUCUGGUUGUCAUUUAUCCCAGCCUAUCUAAGUACCAAAGGUAAAUACACAGUUGCUGUGGAGAUCUUUGCCAUAUUGGCUUCUAGUACUGGAUUACUUAUUUGCAUAUUUAGCCCUAAAGUUUAUAUUAUCAUGCUGAGGCCAGAGUUGAACACUAGAGAAAAGCUGGCCAGGAAAUAA